UUUGCCAUUCUGCAGUUUGAAAAUUCUUAUUGUCUUUGAUUUUUUUUCUCUCUCUUUUAGGCACAAAAGGUUAUGUAUCAGAUGUGGAAUUUGAUGUUCUAUUCUUCAUCAGGGAUAAAAAAAACAGGAGUGAGAGAUGCUGGCAAACUGGGCUACAGCUUCAAUAAUACACUGGCAAGAGUGUUCCUUCGCUCACCAUACUCUACAAAUGAAACUCAAAAUAUAGAGGUUAAUGGGGUCACAAUGAGCACAAUCAGCUCCACGUCCAGGUAUAGGCAAAGAUGGUUUCUCCUGCUGAUUGACACAACUGUAUCGUGCCCAGUUGAUGGUACCAGCUUCACAGAUGCUUCUCUGAUAUGGACUAUACCAAUGAUUAACCCAAGACUGGUCCUUCAUGAAUCCACUUUCAGAUCGCUUAAAGUAACAAUGGGAAUUAAUGGGGAAAAAAUAGAGAACCCUGGAGAGUUCAACUACACAUUGGAACAUAACAAUACACACAUUGGAGUAACUAUCCCAAUUGGAGCCCCUAGAGGCAGACUUCAGAGCACAGUAUCUAAUGGUGUCUAUGGAGUGACCUAUAGUAUUGAUCUAUUGAUGGAACAUUCUUGGACAGAUAGAGAUUGGCAGCUCACCAAGUACCUUGUGAUUAAACCAAUUACUAUACCCUUCCUGCCUCGAAUACCAAUAGUAAUCAAUAAUACAGUUCCAGAAACACGGAUAUUUGAUGUAUUCUUGGGUGUCUUCCUUCCUGAUGUCAAUCUGGUGACUCUUACAAUUGGAGAUAUAACUUUCUCUGUCAGGGAAGCAGAGGAAAAAGGCUACAGGAUCUCUGUUAUUUCCUUCCCCAAUGGAACAAGAGGUUUUGAACUGGAAGUGCCUUUUGAUGAUCCCAAUGUCCUAAAAGAAUAUAUGAACAUAAAUGAAACUCGGUAUCACCUCCGAGUAAUCUACACUCUGACCGUGGGUCCUGAAGAGAAGCUGUAUCGUCAUCCUGCAGACGUUGAAUGCAUAAUGGAAGAUGUCCAAUUACCAGAAGGCAUUGGAUACUGUGACAAAGAGAAUAUAUAUUUAUAUGCUACAACUGCAGGCCUAUUUCAUUACUGGAUUCUAUAUAUAGGCAAUACUCCUUUGAAUUAUAUCACUGCCCAAAGAAAUGGAUAUCUUAUCACUACAAAUGAUACUCAUCUACUAUUGCAAGUGCCUUUCUUUGCUCCUGGGAUAAUCUAUGAGGAAGUGUCCUUUGAGAGAAUCCGAACUAGAUUUGAUCUGGACCUGAAGAAAAUGGCCACUCUAGAGACUCUGAAGACCUUUUCUAUUAGGUGUAAUUUUCAGUCCUCAGAAUUCAUAGCGUGCUAUCCUAAUGGAACUGUAACUGUAUUGGCUCACAUGAAGACAGUUCCAUCCAUUGACAUGAGCAAAACAAGACUGAAGGAUAAGAUUUGUAAGCCUCUAGACUAUACAAAGAACCAAGCUUUAUUUCAAUUUCAAGUUUCUACUUGUGGCACUUCCUUAAUGUUUAGUGAUGAACACCUUAUUUAUGAAAAUGAAAUAUCCUUUGAAAAAGAAACUCUUCCAAUAAAGAAUCAACCAAUUAUCACAAGAGAUCCAGGAUACAGACUGACUAUCUUGUGCUAUUAUCCAAUCAAAGAGACCUUGAUGCAAAAUGCUGUGUUCUAUGGUUCCUCAUCUAGAACUUUACCUUUUGGUUUUGGCACAAUGAUGUCUUGGCCUAAUAGUGAAGGCCUUAUAAGGACAAGACAAGUUCUAAAUAUCCAGGCAAAUAUAUUCAAAGAUGAAUCAUUCACAGAAGCCUAUAUGUCCCAUUCAUUAGUUUUCAAGGGUUCAUGGGAACCUCUAUUUUUUGAAGUAGAAUUAAAAGAUGAAGCCCCUAAUGUUGAGCUAUUUUUGGAAAACUGCUGGAUGACACAAUCUGAAGAAAUCAACAGCAUUCCUCACUGGAACUUUAUUGUAGAUGGAUGUGAAAAUAAAAGCUAUGGAUCCGUGAUCUUCUCUCCAGUAACCACAAGCAAUCCAAUAAAAUAUCCUAAUCACUUCAAAAGAAUGAGGAUACAGAAUCUGACUCUUCCUCUGACAGAGGUAUAUUUGCACUGCACAGCAACAAUUGGCACUUGCCUCCGUGUGCCUAGAAGCGGACUUCCCUGUAAACCAUGCUCUCCUGGAACAAUAAUUGAUCAGUAUUCUGAAAUUUACCCUAACCAUCAUGGUUAUGUAGUAACUGGACCAGUCUUUAUCCUUCAACCUGAGCAAUUUAAAGAGCUGAACAUCACAAGAAAUAAGGUAUAACUAUGCAGUUACCAUGGCCAGCUGUACUUGGGAUUGUUAAAAUAUGUUUCAUGCUAACUUCCUAUUAAUAAAAGCUUCAUGAAUUAAAAACAGAAGAUACAAUUUUUGAGUCGGUCAUAUUUGAGAUUUAAAAUUUGCUACUACAAGGUUGUUCAAGAAUACAUUUCUUUAAAAAAAGUAUAAUUUAUCAUUGAAAUAUUGGCAUUACACAAAUAAAAAUAUUUAAUUACACUAGAUAUAUCACCUCACAUUUAGAGUUGGGUGUGCACAUAUUACAUAAUCCAUCAUCUUUCAACCUAAUUUCAGUAAUGAAAAUACAAUGAGAACACCAAUCGGUAACAUUGUGAGUGCAGAAAUAACCAAAGCUUGAUAUAUUGCGUAACAAAUCUAAUUGCUUAUUAAAAUAAUACUG